CUGACAUAGACCCUCUCCCUGCCAGAGGCUGCUUUCGUUAGUUUGGAAACAGCAGGUGUCUGCAUGUCACAGUGAUCAAGACUUAUAGAUAUUUUAGGUUUUUGUUAAUUUAAAACUUUCUAAGAAAAGUAUUUGGGCAUUCUGUCCAGCUGUGCCGACUGGAAAACUGAAACAUUUCGACAAACUACAGAGACAGAGACAGAGAGAGACAGAGUUUUUGAAAUUAUUGAAGAUCGACCAUCAGCAGCUGGCUGAACAUGAGGAACCAAUCAGCACUCAUCCUAAAGAUGACCUUGCUGCUGCUGCUGCUGCUGCAGGGUGCAGAUGCGAGAGUGGAAAUCAUUAAUGGUAAGCCAGAUGUCGCGAUGGGAGAAGAGAUCCUCCUGGUGUGUAAAGUCAGCGGGGGGGAAGGAGAAAUAAUGUGGCAGAAGGAUGGGACAGAUAUCGAUGAUGAGGACAAGGUGUUAAAGGCGGAUGAGACCACCUCUAAAUUGAAUAUUAAGAAGGCUACGAUGCAGGAUGCAGGCAAAUAUACCUGUGUGUGUGAAUUUGAAAGCGGAAUCACCGAUAAUGCUCAGACACAGGUGUUUGUUUAUGAGGGUCCAUCAUUUGGAGGAACCCCAAAGUACCAUGAGUUUCUGGAGGGCACAGAGGGUGUGGUGCCCUGCCAAGUGACUGGCAAGCCAGCGGUGAAUGUUUACUGGCUCAGAGAUGGAGAAGAAAUCUCCACUAAUGCUGAGAAACGUGUUCGUCGGCUGCCUGGUAACUCACUUCUUAUUGAGAAGGUGAAGAGAGGGGAUGCUGGGACGUACUUGUGUCAGGCCCAGAUCAGAGCAAGGCCUGUCAAUCAGCAACUUUCCGUCUCUGUUGUUGUCAAUGCUCCUCCCACUGUGCAUCUGAGAGAAGAGGUGAAAAAAGUGGUGGCCGGACCAGAAAACAAUGUGUCCUUGCUGUGUUUAGUGGACGGUCUACCAAAACCCAACAUCAGCUGGACCAUGCCCAUGAUGUUUGACUCUUCACGUCAUCAGUUCAACUCAGACCGCAGCCAGUUGACCAUACGGUCUGUUGCUCGGGACGACUAUGGAAACUACAUCUGCACCGCCACCAACAAGAUAGCUGAGAGCACUGCUACAAUUAAGCUUCAUGUUUUUGAGGCCCCAGAGGUGUUUGUGUCAGCAGAGCAGCAGAGUGUGUCAGUGGGUGAGCGUGUAUCUGUGUCCUGUAACAUCUCAGGCCAUCCUCAGCCCGAGCUGCACUGGCUCAACAAGCACAAUGGACGAACAGUGGACUCCUCUACUGGUCGGAUCCAUGUCAUUGAUGGUGUGUUGGUGAUUGAUGAUGUAGUGCCCUCUGAUGGUGGACUGUAUUCCUGCAUGGCUGUCAGCACCAUUGGAAAUGCAUCUAGGGACGUUGCAAUACACACCCAGCCUGGUCCGCCUCACUACCUGACAGUCUCACCUGGACCAACCUCAGUCAUCUUCUCCCUUAAAAACCCACCAGUCUCUGGUGGAACACCAAUCACAAGUUAUGUCCUGCAGUGGAGGCAAAGUGCAUCAGAAAAGUGGAAGGAGAUCGCAGUCCCGGGUUCAGAUCCCCUUACUAUCACCAACCUCAAGCCAUACACAUUGUACACAGUACGUCUGGCUGCCUUGAAUGCAGUUGGAGUGGGACAGUUCUCAGAAAUAAAAACCGUCCGCACCCAGGGAAUACAGGGGGAACCAGAUAGUCCGGUUUUGUCGACUAAUGAGAUGAAAAUAGAGGGCAACUCCUUCACUGUCCCACUUAAACAGAAUGAUGAUGGUGGAACUCCUCUGCUGCACUUUGACGUACGAUACAAACACGAUAAAGAAGGGACUAAGUGGAAAGACAUGCAGGUGUCCUCCGAUGCUGACUCUGUCUCCCUUAAAGAUCUGUCCUACGGCUCUGACUAUCAACUGGAAGUCAUGGCAGUCAAUGCUAAUGGUUCCUCUAUCCCUGCUACGUUCAACUUUACCAUUGCAGAACAACCUGCAAGCAGCCGCAGCAUGACCAAAGGCAGUGUUGUUGGCAUCGUCAUGGUGAUCUUCCUGUUGGUAUUCCUGGUGGUAGACGCCACAUGCUGCUACAGAAAUCGCUGCGGCCUGCUCAUGUCUAUUGCCGUGAAACUCUUUGGACAGAAAGUCCCAGGCCUCAAAAUGCUUGAAGAAGGAGACGGAGCCACUAAUGGAGAGGUGAAGCUGAAGGGUAUACCAACUCCAAGAGGCAGCGUGCAACAUACGGGGGUUCAGACUCUUACUAAGGAUGGGCAGCUCACAGAGGUCACCUCCGACAAAGCCCCACUUACCAAACAUGAGAAAAAACAGCCAGGCAGAGACCUGCACCCUGCCGAUGCAUGAGGUUAGACACCGGAGGAACAAGAAACAACAAAUGAUGUAUAGACAACAAAAGAAGAUAUAAAAUAAUCACUGAGUCAGAACAGUCAGCGAUGGCCACUAUCAAUACACCUGGGAUAGGAAGAAAACACUGAGACUGUUGCGGUUUGUUAAAACAGAUCUGUUUCAGACGUCUGUGCACUGAAAUGAGAUGACAGUGGGCUGAAAAUCAGUUCACGUGAGGCAGAUGAUGUCAUUUUGUAGAUUUUUGUUGUUGUUAUAUGUGUUCUGAUUUAGAUUAGUUCCAUAGAAAAAAUUUUAUUUUACAGGGUAAUCUUGAUGUCUGUGUUCUACAGGGUAAAUUUACUGGUGUUAGAAAUUCAUCCUCAAAUGUUUUCUAAAAAUCACAAAUGUUUACCUUCAAAAAUCUGAAUGUUGUACACAGACACAAGGUCUUAUCAUUUUUUUCGCUCUUUGUUAAUCUUGUUAGUGCAUUGAAAAUAUUUGUCUCUGAUAAUUAUGUUUUUAUAUAUAUCUUUUUACCGUUCACCUUUUUAUUGAUCUGCAUUGUGGCUGCUUUCUGAUGGUUAUAUAAGACUGAACAUCUUAUUCUUUCAGAUGAAAUAACACUGUACACAGAUACUGACUAUUUACAGGACAUUUCAUCUUAAACUGCACCUAUCCAGCCUUCAUGUAAUUAUCAUGCAUGAAUAUUUAUUGUUUUAAAACCCAUACAUGACAGAUAUUUAUCAUGAGAGGCUUUGAAGUUGAAGCCAUUUUAGACUUUUUAACCAGCUUUACUGUUCAGCUUUUUGUGGAAGAACCUUAUAAAUGCUCGUCAACACACAGAGGACCUGUAAUUAUAAGCAACUUUUAUUAUGAGAUCAUUCUUCAUCAGACAGGAAAUCCGCAUACACUAUUAAGCUAGCUCCCAGGAAUUUUAUCCAACGUUUUGAUGUAACAGAUCUUCGUCAGGCAUUGUCAUUCUUUAAAGUACCUGUAAUAAUAGGUGUCACAUAAAACAUACUGUAUACAACAAAGUUGACUGAUUCUGUAAGUGAAGGAUUUAUAGUCAUAUUAGUAUUUACAGUAAUUAAAUAGGUUCAGAAGCGCUGAAUGUGAUUCUGGAGAAAGACAGUUGAUUGCUAAGUCCCCUUUCACAGGUUUGCCAAAUACUGACGUGUUGGGCUGGUGGUUCGACCCGACUACCAACCAAAUAUGUCUUUCUCCAGAGUUACAUACAGAACCAUAACUUGCAGCUUUUUUUGUUUAGAAGAUACUUUGACAGUAUGUCAUAUUGAAAUAUGUCAUGUUUGCAUGUGACCUGAUCAUCUUAAUUAUGUGUUGUGAUAUUUUUAUUGUAUUGUAUCGAACACUGUACAUGGCUGUACAUACACAUGUUGUUACAUCUUUGUCUUUGAUAAAAACAUGGACUAUACGACAGCUUUAUGUCUUUUGUGAUCACCAAAUAAAUCUUUGUUUUUGCAUUUUA